UUGCCGUUUGAUCGGUUGGCAUCGUGCCUGAUUGAACAGGGUAGGAGUGCUCAUCUGAUUGGCAGUGAGUUAUUGCCGUCCUCAAAUGAAUGAUUUAAACCCGACCCGAUAAAGAUCUACAGGUGGAGAAGACCUCCUCCUUCGACCGAAUUUUCCUUCGCCAAGAGGAAAGUUCCCCUCCAAAAGCGAUUAAGCCCAUCGUUUAUGACUGUUCUCAAAUGAGCCUUUUAAAGUUCGUGAUCAAUUAAUUUCUUCACUUGUUCACCUUUUUGGCAGGAUCUGGGAUCCCGGGUCUGGCCACCCUUCGUGUGCCAAUGUGGUCGCUAUGUUUUAAAUUGGUACUUGGUCAUCGCUGAAUGCUCGCUCAACACACGACCCAAACGACUAUUAUACAAUGAAAGGGUCCCGACGUCGCGCAAGCAUAGAAGCGAGCAAGCAAGUCAGUCAGUCAGUCAGUCAGCCUCUCAGUGUCUCAGCCUCUCAGUCAAUCGGCCUUGGGGUCUAAAAGAAAAGUUACUAUAUUCAGAUCUACUAUGCCUCCAAUCUUCAAUCCAAGCAGUCAUUUCUGAAAUCUCGCCGUGUGUAGAUGGACGAAGCGGUGACGAAGUUUGUCAGUGUGUGAGUAAGCUUCAUGCCAUCAUCAUCAUGGCCCUAAGAAGGUACCUAUAAUUCUCAAACCUCGACAGCGAUCAUCUUGAGCAUGAGACCGAGGGUGCACGACGAGGACGAGGAGGAAGUGGUGGUGAUGAUGGCGGUGGUGGUGAAGGUAGUGGCAUAAGUGCCUCUUUAGCCGCUCAACAAGCAACAUGAGGAAAAGUGAUUGUAUUGCAGUUUGAGUCAAGAACCACCAAAUCUCCUUGAGAGUGGAUAGCUUUUAGCCUUCACGGUGGAUUAAAAGCCUCUCUCACGAGUUCAAAGUCAGCAUCUUAUGUGCGUAGAGGCGAGAUGAGGGCGACUCGAGUCUCUGAAUAAGAAUUCAAUUCUCCAAGUUCAUUCCCGAGGAUUUACGUUCAACAACGCACACAAAGGCACAAGGAAACUCGUCGAGAGUGGCCAAUCAUUGAGUCAAUUCGAUUCCUCGUUCGUCGGCCAAGCAUGAUCAUCCAAAGGGGAGCGAAAAUUGUGCAACAGGCUCCUCGACCUAAUUAAAUGAAUAAGUGGAGUGGGCUGCACAAUCAAGAACAGAAAAAAAACCGAUUGAGGUAGUCCCGGGUUCAAGCCCGUGAAUGCCACAUCUCCUUUCAGGAGCCUCCAGGACUUUGAGGAGAAUCGUCAUUACCUAGCCAAGUCCGGACUGACAGCGGUGGUUUCGUGUGUGUAAUUACGAUUCAUUCAGGGAAGAUUACAUCCUUGGAAAUAAAUUAAACUAGAUCAUGAGUGAUGUACGUGCGUCCGUCCCCUUCGGGCUCAAUUACGACCGGGUUGUGACAUAGCGGAACUAAUAGCAGAUUCUUGACAGUUCCCAAACAACUUCCCCUCCAUUGGCGCCUACUUUGGUGACCUCUGGAGACCUCGCAUGAGUGAUUGAGACAUUGCUUGAACAUCCAGAGACUGUUCACCCAAGGACCUCGACACAAUGAGUCGCAGAGCUAGUGUCUUCGCCAGGAAUAAUCCGGGCCGAGGCCGAGUUCGGUUCCCGGACGAGGUCAUCUUCGAGAACGAGAUCAAGGAGCAAGAUGGCGAGGCGGUCAUGGGGCUCCUUCGUCGAGCCAGCAUCGACAUCGAUAUCAAUCGGAUCAACAGCGCAGGCUUGUCAGCGCUUCAUCAGGCGGUUUUAGACAAUAACCUGACAGUGGUUAAAAUUUUGAUCAAUCACGGCGCCAACAUCAACCUGAAGGAUGCGGAUUCCUGGACACCACUGCACGCUGCCUGUGCCAAUGGCAUGGCCGAUAUUGCCAAAUUCUUAUUGGAACGAGGAGCCAGAUCCACGAUCCGUUCCAACGAAGGAGAGCGACCCAUCGACUUGGUGGAUCCCACUGACUUGCGCACAAUUUCCGUGAUGCUCGGACCUUUGGAGAAGAAGCGAUGAGCAAGCACCAUUGGGAGUGUCCUCAAUCUUCCUUGAUCUCAAAUGUGUUCUCGUCCAAUUCCAAGAAACAGCAAUAGAUGCAUUGAUGCCAUAUGGUCCAUUUCCAGCAUCCCAAGAUUAGGGGGGAUCUUGAGUCUUACGCGAAAACGAAAAGACCCUCUGACAACUUGUGAGGAAACUAAUUUAAAAGAACACCUUCAACUUACUGUGUAACCAGGCAUGGUUACACUGCCACCAAGACAAUGGGUGAAUUCCAACAUUGAGAAUGCUGUUUACCCUGAGUUUUAAUUAAAAUGAAAUGUGUGCCAAGAAAUGAGCUCCCCGAGGUCGCUUCUUGUCCCUUCACAUACAACAUCAGUGUGCCUUAUUGAAGAUUGUGACUCACUAAAAAUUGUAUUUAAAAAGAUUGUACCAAAGACUGAAAUACAAAUUCAAUGGUG